AUGAGUUACUCCGGCGACAUCUACAGCAGCAGCAGCUCCUAUCGGAAGAUCUUCGGAGAUGCCCCCCGCUCCGGCCGCGUGGGUCUGGGCACCAGCAGCAGCAGCAGCCCGUCCCGCCUGCACUCUGCGGGAUACCGCAGCAGCCACCGCACCUAUGGCUCCCCCUCCGCCGUGUCCUCCACCAACUACCGCAGGACAGCGUCUUCUGGCCGCGUCUUCUCCUCCAUGCCGGACUCCGCCAUGGACCUUACCCAGACCACCGCGGUCACCAACGAGCUCAAGAUCGUGCGCACCAACGAGAAGGAGCAGCUGCAGGGCCUCAACGACCGCUUCGUGUCCUUCAUAGAGAAAGUGCACAACCUGGAGCAGCAGAACAAAGUGCUGGAGGCAGAGGUCACGAUGCUGCGCCAGCGCCACAACGAGCCGUCGCGCCUGCACGAGCUGUACGAGCAGGAGAUCCGCGAGCUGCGGACGCGCGUCGAGGAGCUGACGCACGAGAGGAGCCAGAUGCACCUGGACUGCGUGCAGAUGAACGAUACGCUGGAGCACGUGAGGGAGAAGUUGGAGGAAGAGACCAAGCUGCGAGAGGAGGCGGAGAACACCCUGAAGGGCUACCGGAAGGACGUGGACGACGCCACCCUGGCGCGCCUGGAGUUGGAGAAGAAAGUAGAGUCGCUGCUGGACGAGAUCGCUUUCCUUAGGAAAGUUCACGAGGAGGAGCUGCAGGAGCUGCAGGCGUCUCUGCAGGCCACUCAGGUGACAGUGGAGAUGGACAUAAGCAAACCGGACUUGACCGCCGCCCUGAAGGACAUCCGGGUCCAGUAUGAGACCCUCUCCGCCAGGAACCAGGUCCAUGCAGAAGACUGGUACCGCUCCAAGUUUGCCAGCGUGAACGAGGCCGCUGCUCGCAACCAGGACGCCGUCAAGCACUCAAAGGAGGAGCUGAGCGAGUACCGCAGGCAGGUGCAGGCCCGCACCCUGGAGAUCGAUUCCCUCAGGGGCCACAACGAGGCCCUGGAGAGGCAGAUCGCCGAGAUGGAGGAUCGACACAACAAUGAAAUGGAAGACAUGCAGGAUACCAUCCAGCAGCUGGAGGCCGCUCUGCACAGCACCAAGGGAGAAAUGUCCCGUCACCUGCGCGAGUACCACGACCUGCUGAACGUCAAGAUGGCGCUGGACAUUGAGAUCGCUGCCUACAGGAAGCUGCUGGAAGGCGAGGAGUGCCGCCUCAGCUCCGUGGGCGGGGCCAUGGUCCAGUCGGGCUACCAGGGCUUCUCCUACAUGUCAGCCCGCUCCUACGGCCUCGGGGCCUACAGGAAGCCCGAGGCCAGGCCCGAGGAGGAGGAGGAGGAAGAGGAGGCCGAAGAAGAGGCCGAGGAGGAGGAGGAGGAGGGAGAGGAGAACAAAGAGGAGGGAGACAACCAGGAGGAGGGGGAGGGAGAGGAGGAGGAGGAAGAGGAGGAGGACGAGAAGCAGAAAGAAAAGGAGAAGAAGAAGGAGAGCCCCGUCGGCAAGAUGAGCAAGAGCUAA